AUGGUGGCUGUCUGCUCUCUGCAGCUUCUCCGGCCAAUCAACAGGGAAGCAGGGAACGGGGAGGCCCGGGAGAGCUCGCCGCGGAGCUCUGUCUCCGGAAAGGGCCCUCGCUCGCUGCCCGACGUCUGUCGGUCCGCGGGCCGGGGGCUCCGCCGGCAGCCACGUAGCCGAGUCUGGGAUCGUUUUGAAGGAGGAAAUUCCAGUGAUUCAGAAGAAGACCAGAGUACCAGCAGCACAGAAAAUCAGGGCGUUCCAAACUCUCACAGGGUGCCAGAUUCCAAAUUGCAUCCACCACACAUCAAAAUAGAUAUCAUCAGGAAAGUGCAAGCCAAAGAUACUCAGCGUUAUAAAGUGGAAUAUGAUUCACAGAGUACAGAUACACUGAAUUUGUCUUCUGAAUCCAAACAAGAGACUGAGUAUGGUCCAUGUCGUAGAGAAAUGGAAGACACUUUAAACCACCUAAAGAUCCUGAAUGUCUUGAGUCCAAGGGGCUUUCAUAUUCCAAAUUGUGACAAGAAGGGGUUCUACAAGAAAAAGCAAUGCCGCCCGUCCAAAGGCCGAAAAAGAGGUUAUUGCUGGUGCGUGGAUAAAUACGGACAGCCACUUCCCGGGUAUGAUGGGAAGGGAAAAGGAGAUGUCCACUGCUAUAACUUGGAAAGCAAAUGAGGACUGGGUGCCAGCUCUUUUGGCAUCUGGGCGUGGCCGCUGGACCUCACAGAGGCCUUGGGGGGGCUGGGCAAACACUGUGGACUGCAUUGCAUGUGGAGUACCAAGCUCUGCUUCUGCAGCAGAUGGAGAGUUGCAGCCUCCGCAGAUGCUGCUGCAGCUGCACCCUGCCACCAACAUGUGUUGAGCUUCCUAUAGGACAUGUAGGAGCUCUGAAAUCUCAUGUAAACGUGCACUAUUGAUACCCAGAGAGAGAAAAACAAAAGGCACUUCAGAAUGGAUUCAGGGAGUCUCCACUUACUUUUUUAAGAAGGGCCUGUGACCAAUUUGAUCCUAAAAGAUACUGUUGGUUUUUUUACUUUAUUUUAAAGAAUUUAUAGAUUUUAAGCUUGUAGAAGUAUUAAAGAAAAAAGAUCCACAAAACAAACAAACAAACAAAAACUUACAAGGAUUUAAAGGUAAGGCGUUUUUUACAGGUCUGAUGGGAAACUUGUCUUCACGGGUAAAAAGUUUUAUAAAAAUCUCAAAGAACUUUUUAAAGAAAUGUAUUUCUAGAAUAAAGACAUGGCUAUUUUUUCUGUAAAAUAUAUUAUGAAUAUUCUGUUAGUCUGUAUUUAAUAUAAUUGUUUUUUAAUAAACUUUAUUUAAAUGUAACAUGUGAAUACCAAAUAUUACAUGGUAAUUCUAGUGUAUACUUCUGUAUGCAAAGAGAAAGCAAGGGUAUGGAAUGACUUACAAAUAUGUUUUAAUCCAUAUACAUACAACUGACCUGUUCUAGAUAAUAGAAAUUAAUUUGUGGAGCAAAGGAAGUGUUUCCAGAAGAGUUUGAGAUUUUGUGUAUUUGAUAUAACUACAAAUACUAAAAUAACUUUUAAAAAUUAUUUUAUUGUUAUUUCUAAUUGUUAUUUUCUAAUGUGACCAUCACUGAAUUAUGCCACUGGAAAAGGAUAACUGUUGCACUGAAGCUCUUGGUAAAGCUUUCUUCUGUUCUUUGCUUCAGUUUGUGCAACAGGGCUUACAUUUCCUUCAUUUCCUGCUCACACUAAUACAGAAUAUUCAUGGACAAAAAAAUUGCCAUCACAGUACCAGCCUUUUUAUUUGCUUAUUUAUUUUGAAAAGGUGUUGUCUUGGUACAUUCUACCAAAGCACAUACUCUGUACGAGGAACUCCUGUUUCAAAACAAUGCUGACAAAACGGGGGGAUUGUGGGCCCUGGGUGUUGAGACACUUCGUUUAUGCUACACACAAUUGUUGCUUGAUUUGACUAUGGCAGAAAUCAUUUGCCUGCAUCUAAGCACCAUUGAGUUUAAAUAUUUAAACUAGCUGUUUUCCAUGGUGUUAUGUGUCUUUUUAAUUGGAAGAGAAAUUAUUUGGUUUUGUUGUGGUAUGUGAUGCUUUCACAUAAGGAAGGCUUUGGCAACAUUAUUUUUUUGAGGCUGAUUGUUUACUGAACUUUGUGGAAAAUUCUGUAUGACAAUGAAAUCUGGAUAAUGAAAGGUAGACUGUGAAAUGUAACAUCUCUGGAAAGUAA